CUCGGCACCGCCGCGUUCUGCUCCUGCUGCGCAUCGCCCAUCUUCCCCGCCACCGGCUGAAGGCUGCUGGACGGCGGACUGAACCUGCGGCUGGUGCUCGGAUCUACCGGAAUGCGCAUCACAACAAUGUCAGCAAAGAUGAGCAACAGUUCCACGAGCCCCAUGACAGCCGGCAGCAGUAGCAGCAGCAGCGCAGCGGGCGGUCGUGCAUCCGGAAAAGCCACCAGCUUCAUCCCGGAGCUUCAGAGCAUGAUGUUUGCCCUUGGCGACGCUCGAAGACCCUUGCACGAGACCGCCGCCCUGGUGGAAGACAUUGUGCACACCCAGCUCAUCAAACUCCUUCAUCAGGCGGCCGAGGUGGCCCUCCUGAGAGGGGCCCGGGUCAUUUCACCAGAGGAUAUCAUCUUCCUAAUGAGGAAAGACAAGAAAAAAUUACGAAGACUCAUCAGAUACAUGCAGUACAGAGACUACAAAUCCAAAAUCCUGAAAACCAUCGAUGAUGAGGACCCUCUGGAUUCAGACAAAUACAGCAGCAGCGUCAACAAGAGACAGCGACUGGCGCAGGACUUCCUGGGCUCCAUCGACCAGACGGGGGAAUUUCUGUCUCUGUGUGAGGAAGAGGAGGUGGAUGAUGUCAAGCAAGAGAGGCUGGAGAGAAUCGAGAAAAUGACCAGAAACAUGGAUUCCAGUCAGUAUAGUGAUUUCUGUGAGAGUCGUCAGCUCAGUUUCUCAAAGAAGGCUUUGAAAUUCCGUGAGUGGUUGGACUGCAGCAGUCUUGACGUGAAGCCCAACGCCAUGUCCAUGGAGAUCCUCUCAUAUCUGGCCUACGAGACGGUGGCUCAGGUUGUUGAUCUCGCCCUGUUGGUUAAACAAGAUAUGACUCCCAAAACGGGCGACCCUUUUCAGCACGCCAUAUCAGCCACUUUCAUUAAGUACUCCAAAUCUUCUGCUGAGGCCUCAAGCACCAAAAAGGAAACCGACUCCCCAGAGAACACCCCCCCAUCCACCCCAAGUGGCCCUCUGACAGCGGGACAGCAGGGUAGGAUGCACUCGAUGGCGCAGGGCAACGGAGGCCUCGCACAAGAUGGCGGCAGUAAGAUUAAACAGAGGAAAAGAAAAAAGAGCGCAGCAGCCUGCGGCGCAGAGGCUCAGAGCAGUGCCAUCCAACCAACCCACAUCAGAGAAGCCAUCAGGCGCUACAGCCACAAAAUGGGCCCGCUCUCCCCCUUCUCACUUCUGACAUUGUGGUUACCUGAGAGCAGUGAUGGUUUCAUUCAGAAGAAAAUCUAUUGGCUGAAAGACGUUAUCCAGAGACUUGGCCUUCAGUAAUUAGUGCCUACCGCAGGAACGGCAUGACUUUCCUGGCCUGCUGAGGUGAACGGAGGGAUCUGACGGGGAUGGGCUUUCUGUCGACGAGGGUCUCCUGCCCGUCUUCGCUCAUCUGUCUGAGGAUGCCGUGUUUCUCUCGGUGUCUUUGUGUUUACAGGUUUAGACAGGAAAUCCUGGAUGACAGCGUUUGGUUGAUGUUCAGUAUAUUCCAGUAAUACCAGUUUAUGUUAUGCAUAUGUUUAUUUUUUUUAUGUAUUAUUUACUGUCGUCUAACAUUUCAUAAAUAAUUUCACCUCUUUUGGAUCUUUUUGAUAGUUUUGUUGUAGAUCUGUUUCCUGAUGUUCUGUAAACACAUCUUUAGGAUAUGCAAUAAAG